UGUAGUGUUAAGUAACUCAAGUCCAUAGACGUUAUCCUGGAUACAUCUCACUCUUGAAAUGGAACGUCCCGUUACAGUCAGAUCAUCACUUUUAUCAGUACUGGAUUCGAAGUAUUAAGUGUCAAUUUGAUGAGUCGCAACAUCACGGUGACAUAACUACAGCGCUCAUUGAUGCCCACAAUUCCGGUGUCGUGAUAAAAUACUAGGCAGGGCACGAUGCGGCUACCAUUCCCGACUUGUGUCAGGAUUGAUGUCAAUACCAAUAUGAUGACUCACGUAAUGUAUGCUCACAUAAAAUUAAGAUUUGUAAUGGCAACCUUCUAAUUAUCAAAACACAUCCGAAUAUUUACGUCAGUCCAAUGAAAGUUUUAACGCCGUCGCCGGCUAUUAACUACACCUUCGUCGCGGGCGUAUAUGCCUUCUUCACGGUACUGUGUGCAGUGCUCUUAGUCCUGCACUUCUACACACCACAAGUGGAAGGAUUUUACGUCGUGCUAGUGCCAUUUGUGCCCUGUUUCUUCUGGAGCCUUGCGGUGCGCCACAGAUGGCUGCAGCUGGCCAAUGAGGACGCGGAUGAAAUUAAAAACGAGUAGUAUGGACUCCAUAAGGCGACAGAAAAGUAUCCAGACACGAAUUUUAUCUGAAGAGAUUAUGGUGAUUAUCACAAAGUUUUGGCUCAACUGUAAAUAUCUGUGCAAUC